AGGAAAAAGCCCACGAACGCGUUUCUCGACCAGCCCGGCCGCAUCCGCCGCCGUUCCCCGUCGGCGAGCAUGGCGCGGUGGUCGUCCCCCAAGGACCCCGCCCUCGAGGCCGCGCUCCGGCGCAACCGCCGCUGGGUGGUGAACAACCAGAUCAAGCGCCUCCUCCUCCGCUUCCCGUCCCGCACGGCGCCCGUGCGCUUCCUCCAGUCCCGCUUCAAGACGCUCGACCUCAUGGGCCGCGCCGCCAACUGGCUCGGCAAGUACCCCUCCUGCUUCGAGGUCUUCUCCGCCGACGCCGAGGGGGGCUGCGGCGAGCAGGAGCCCCACUUCGGCUUCACCAAGCGGAUGGCGGCCCUCGUCGACGCCGAGGAGGCGGCCGUCGCGGCCUCCGAGCCGGCCAUGGCGGACCGCCUCGCGCGGGUGCUCAUGCUCGCCCGCGGCCGCCGCCUCCAGGUCUCUAAGCUCGCCGCGCUGCGCGGCCCGCUCGGCCUACCCGACGACUACCUCCUCCGCCUCCUCCCCGCCCACACCGACAUCUUCCGCCUCGCCAACCCGUACCCUCACCGACGGAACUCAGCCGAGCUGGAGCUUAUCCGGUGGGCGCCCUCGCUCGCCGUCUCCGCCGUUGAGGCCGCCGCGGCCGCGAACGACUCCGCCCCGCGGUUCACCUGCUCGCUGCCCGCCUCCUGGGCCAAGUCGCACGCCAAGAUGGAGGAGUUUAACUCCACGCCUUACAUCUCGCCCUACUCGGAGGAAUGGGCGGUGCCGGGCACGGACGCCGAGGCCGAGAAGCGAGCGGUGGCCGUGGUGCACGAGCUCCUCUCGCUCACGCUCUGGAGAAAGAUGUCAAUUCUGAAGCUGGAGCAUUUCAGGAGGGAGUUUGGGCUGCCGGAGGACACGGCGAGGAUGCUGCUCCGGCACCCUUGCCUCUUCUAUGUGUCGAAUAGGUACAAGAUUCACACGGUGGUGCUGCGUGAGGGGUACGAGGGAUCGGAGCUGAGGGAUAAGGAUCCUGUGGUGGCGGCCAAGGAUCGGCUCGGGGAGCUUAUGCAGGAGGGGCUGCAUGAGUACAAUCAACGAAGGCGUGUGGCGAAUGUGGAGAAGAAGAGGAGGAGAGGGGAGAUUGAGGUUAAGAAAGAGAAAGAAAAGGUGGAAGAUGAGGAGGCGGCGCGGCUAGAAAGUGCAGAGAAGAGGGAGGAGAGGAGACGGUUUUACAAAGUGUUGUUCGAUGAUGGCAACCGGUGAUUGUCAUAAGUUUUUCUCUGUUGAUCUUCAGAGGAAGGUAAAGAGCAUCAGUGCAUGGUUUGCUUAUUGGACCUUGAGCAUUUAGCUAUUUUGCAAUGUAUGGAAUCAUUUAUUCAUGUGUGCAAUUAGGCUGACAAACUUCUGCAAAUGAAAAUGGUCCCCCUGUACAGGAAAUGGAAUUUGUUAACCGCUAAGCAGAACGUGUGACUGAAACUGAAGAUCUGCAAAAUGGUAUAAUAUUAAUCUGUCACAGGGAGUAAGAGGUUGCAGAACAUAUUGCUGAGAGAAUGUAUUCAUGGAUUGACAAUUGUUAUGAUGAGAUUGGGGUUUCUUAGGGGCUCUCAAGUGAGAUAAUGGUGCAGCCUGAAGUGGUUCCGUGUCAGAGAGAAUGGUAUUCAUGAGCUACAAAUGUUGCUGUUGAUGUAUUACUGAAUGGAUGCAAAUGAACAAUGCAAGUCUGGAUGGUCUUUCAGCAGAACAAUAAUUUUUCUUUAUGAGCUGUUCAUUCUUGCAUAGCAAAUAUUUGAACGUAAGACCCUGAACUUCAGUAAGCAAUCAGGAGGGAUACCUUUGGCCAUAUUGAAGCCGCGCUUCUCGAGCUCUCUAUACUCCUGGCACAGCGCGCAGGUGUCGCACCAGAAGUGAACACAACAGUCCAAGCAUGGCGAUUCUUGUAAGUUGUAUUGUGCCCUCAUUGAGGAGCGUUUGCUACAAGUAUACAACCACUGGCAACCUAUGGACAGGAGCAGAACAUACAGGGUCCCACUCAUGCAGCAUGCUGCAAAUAGAUGGAGUCAGCCAAGGGUAUUGAUGGUUUGUAUGAAUGCAUAGAGAGACGAGAAUGGGUAGAAGUGUAGAACACCUACAUGUGGAGCCUCUGUCCACAACCUCUGCGACACGGCCAAAUGUAACACAGGGGCACCAGCAAGUCAAGCAACCUGCAACAUCGGGAAAGAAAUGAAAUAUGGAUCAUUCUGAAUUACAUGCGCAAGAAUUGUGAGAAGAACCGAGAAGGUGAACCGCAUACAGGUGCCGACAUCUCCGAAGCAGCUGCAGAGCCCAACAGACCAUUCCCCUGACAUGUUGUUGAUAGCCUGAGUAGAUUGUGGCUUGAGGCAAUGCUAGAUUUGAUCAUCUAUGCAUUAUAUAGCACUGACAACGCGUAUCAGUAUGACACAUUACAAAGUUAAUUCCUUUGGUGGCCUUUCUCAGAGCAGAGUCUUUGUUCUUUUUCUUGGCAGAUGCACUGAAAUAUUGUAUGCUAUUUUGUGUUUUCGCAGGUUUUGCCUUGAAUUGGUCCCCCGAUGAUCCCACGUCCCCCUGGCAUGUUCUGCUUUGAACUAUUCCUUCUGAAAUCCCUAUGCUGAGGAUCAGCAUCAUUUUGGAGUGUUCAGUUUGGCGGUAACCUCCAUUCCUCCUUGUUAAUGUUACCACCAGACAGGCUGGAUGGAGGGGAAAAAGAUGAAGGUGUCCGUGCAAUCUCGAUGCUAAUGAUGCCAACGGUAAAAAGGAGAAUGGCACCUUGCGGCUUACUGGAGAAUCUGAUACCUGUGGGGUUUUCCAGCUUCUCGCUGAUAAAGUAGAGAUUGCUGCCGUAUGGCAGUGCACCACACGGCUGUUAGUAUAUUCAAGGCCAGUUGAUGCUAUCUGAUCAGUUUGCUCUGUUUCCUAGUUGCAGAAUUGACGCAGUUCGCGAACGAUAAGGGGUCAUGUCUUAUGAUUGAAGCAAUGCAGCUGGUUUAGUUUGAGUUGAAAGAAUUACAAGAUAGUGUAUGUUCAUUCGGGCUCGAUUGCUCCACCACCGAUAAAAAAAUCCACCUAUUUUUUUUAGUUUUACUCAGCUGCCUUGCUGCAGAAAUGUCACGGUUCAUGAAUCAUGAGCCAACGGAUCCUGCGACACCGUGGCGUGGCGCCUGAUCGAAGCAAUGGAAAUGGCAGAGCCGUUCAAUUAA